UUUAAAGGUUUAAUAUUGUAUAUAACCCAUGUCAAAAGCAACCACAAUUAAAGAAGCUGUCAAACGUUGGGAAGAACGUGAACGACAAAAUGCAACUGAAGCAUCUGCGGUUGAUUUACAAUUCCAAUGGCCACCAGUAGAAAAAAUGGACAAUACUUUGGGAACUUUAGUGAACUGCGAACGAUUGAGUUUAUCAACAAAUAUGAUUGAGAAAAUAUUCGGUUUGAAUGGAAUGAAAAAUUUACGUGUUUUGUCCUUGUCUCGCAAUUACAUUAAAAUGAUAUCCGGACUUGAAUGUGUUGCGGAAACUUUAGAAGAAUUAUGGAUCAGUUAUAACCUGAUAGAGAAAAUAAAAGGUCUUGCGGCAUUAAAGAAGUUGAGAGUACUUUAUAUAAGUAAUAAUCUCAUUAAGGAUUGGGCAGAGUUCAAUCGUUUUCAAGAAUUGGAAGCAUUAGAGGAUUUAGUCGUUAUUGGAAAUCCAUUGUCAGAGGGUUUGGAUGAGUUAACUUGGCGUGCUGAAUGUAUUAAAAGAUUGCCAACUAUUAAGAAAUUAGAUGGAGAGCCGGUGGUUAUGAAUGAAGAGCCACAACUUUAAAUUGCAUUCUUAUUCUCAUAUAAUACAAGGUUUACAUUUAGUGUUAUGAAUGAGAUUAAAAAUAGAUUCUAGCAACAAAAGAGA